UAGUUUAUUGAUCCUCAGACAAAAUAUUUUGGCCAUUUUGUUUAGUUGUAAAAUUUCUAAUAAUAUAUAUUUUCAAAAAAGGAUAGUCCAACAAAAAAUCUAUGAUUUACUCACCCUCAUGUCAUUACAAACCUAUAUGAUUUCCUAUCUUAUGGAAAAUACAAAAGAUAUUUUGAAGAGUGUUGGUAGCAGUUUUGGUUCCCAUUGACUUCCAUUAUAUUUUUUGUCCAUAAAUGGAAGUCAGUGAGACCCAAAACUGCUUGGUUAUCAAAAUUUCCUUUUGUGUUCUGCAGAAGAUAGAAACUCGUACAAAUUUGUAACAAUUUCAGGGCGAGUAAGUGAUGACAUUAAUUACAAAUAAUUACUUUUGAAUGAUUAAUAAUUAAUAUUUAAUUAUUAAUAUUUGCAUGUAGUUUCAAUUGGCUCACAAUUGUAUUGUAAAGGUAUGCAUUUAAAUGCAUUUUUUUAUGGAUGAAGCACAAUUUCAUGCACAAUGUGACAUGUCUUUCACAGGCAAAAUGUGUGCAUUAAUGAUUUAUAUUAUAUUAUUUAUUAUAAUGACUUUGAGUCAAGUUCCAGAAAAGGUUUUCUCCAAACCCACAGUACCUGAUGGCAUGACGAUAUACCCAGAAAAUGAGUUACAAGUUGGAAGUGACAUCAUGCUGUCCUGCAUUGGCUUGGGCUCUUCAGGGCAUCAAUAUCACACGUGUGGGAAGAGUCUUGUUUGGGAGCCAAGUAUCCCACACAACCCAUUCACAAAGGCAGAUAAACCCUUUGUCCCAGGCAGCAUCUGUAAACUUGGAGAGAUGCAUGAUGGGACUAAAUGCGUCUGCAUGUCCAAAGAGAAAUGCAGGUAUGAAGCAGAUUUCUGUGUCUUUGACGCUGACAAGGAGACUGCUAUUAUGAUAUCCCUCUGUGCUUUCCAUGCUGACCGUUGUCAUGGAGACAGGUUAUACUUUAUGAAUAAUGGACUGUGCAAAACUGACGCAGGCAGUCCGGACUGGGCCAAAUUCAGGGCCAACAUAUCUAAGCAGAGCUCAGCGCAGGAGCCCUGUGGUUCAGACACCAGUUACGAGUGGGAGACAUGCUCAGUAUCAAAAAUAUGCGAGUGCAAAAUCCUCAGAGAAUAUUCAAAAGAUGAGAAGCAAAUGUACUGCCUGAAAAUUGUGAAAAUUUUAAGCACACCGAGCUUGAAUCUGUGCUUCAUGGCUGCCAUGAAGUGCAGCAAGAUGGAGUUUGAGCUUCUGCAUGAAGGUCCUUGCACAAGUUCCUAACUGUACACCAAUGAAGAAAUUUAUGCUGAAAUGCUCACUCAUUA